GAGCCUAACGCCGGAAAUAUAACAAAUUAAACUUGAUGAAACAACAGACUUGGAUGGCGCAGAACAUCUAUAAAAAAAAAACAGAGUAGAUAGGAAAGGACAUCUAAUUUCAGCGGGUCUCUAAUGUUGCCAUAUCAGCACUUUGACAUUCAAUUACAGCUCAUUAACAGCAUUUUCAACUGACAUCGAGUGAUAAAUAACUCAAUAAGAAGUGAGCAAGCAAGUUCCUAUCAAAAGUUUUGCAAAAUUAGUUGUUUAAAUGUCAUGUUGAAGACAUAACCAGAAUAACCUAGAAAAAAUUUUGCUCACUAGUGACUUGCUAUGAAAUUAGGUACAUAAAGUUUACGUCCGUGAUAGAGAAAGGAACCCAAGUAGAUUUUUUUAAGGAGAACGUUCGCAAGCUUUUCACUACCGACAACCCCCCUUCAACGAUUAAGCAAACAACAAAAAUCGCACUCUUCUAUCGCACCAAGCAGAACUCGUGGCUCUUUUCCGGCUAGCUUCCAGAUUCACUCACCAAAAAACGCACACCAGCUCGACAGCCAGCUGUGAAUCUGUGAAACUAGGGCAAAGCGCAUUAGUUCUGAGAGAGAAAUCGCCAACUGCAAACCCAUACAACAAAACCAGGAGGAAUUCUAAAGCGCUCAAAGUGGUGUCACCGCAUCAAGUCUCUCACUUUUUCUCUCACCGUUUUUGUUACGUAAAACUUAAGAAACCUCGUUUUCGUUCUGGGAACAGAAUCCAUUCGACGUGCUCCACUUGCUACCCAAAAACAGAUAAAACGACGAACCUCUCAGUAUCUCCUUUUGGAGAAGACGGGUGGAGCAGAAAAUGGCCAUAGCUAUAUAAAAGUAACGAACGCGGCGGAAAUGGGAAAACAGAACAGUAGUCCUGGUUCCGGAAGCGCGCGUGCACGGCCCUGCCAUCCUCGUCUGCGUCGUCCUGGGUACAUCGCUGGUGAGCUGUGAAGAGAGUAUGUAUUCAACCCGGUACUACUAGAAACGUACAAGAACGCCCUUCUCCCCCCGAUUGUGGUGUGUUUGCAAUCGCCGGCGAAGCCCGUCCAGCAGCAGCCGCCGGUGGCCCAACCCAUUGUGCAGCAGCCCAAGUCGGAACCGAUCGACCUCGAGCCGGAGGAGAGCAUGGCGAUGGCCGAUUCCGGCGAUGAGAACACGGCCGAGGGCGGCAUCGGGGCCAAGAUGCGCAAGAUCUUUGCGCACCGCAAGAACCUGAGCCCGGCCGACCGCAAGAAGUUGGAAAAGGAACGCAAGGCCCGCCAGCUGCGCCGCCUGCGCAAGCUGCUCACCCCGAAGAACGCCGUCGUGGCGCUGCACGAGCUGCAGGGACCGGGCAUGAGCGAGUUCGUCAUCAACACCAACGGUCAGGAGACGACCGCCGAGAUCGUGGUGAACAACGUGCGCUACGAGGCGACCGCCCCGAACAAGCACCUGGCCAAGGCCCGUGCCUCGGAGAAGGCCCUCCGCGAUCUGGUCAUCGCCCAGAUGUCCAAGGCGAAGCUGCCGGAAGCGACCAAGGCCACCAAUGGCAACAGCGAUAACGAUACCACGGCGGCCACCGACGACGUCGACAUGGCCGACGUUUCCGAGAACGACGACGUGCCGAUGCUGCACCUGGCCUCGUACGCCCUGUACAAACUGUUCAACGAGUGGCAAAACGAGGGCUUCGAAAUUCCCGCCAUCAAGCCGGUCAAGGCCCCCGUCAAGCUGACCCCUGCCGGUGUCCACCCGCUGGCCCCGAAGGUUCCCAAGACGAAGGCGGACCUGCCGGCGGACGCGCCCACUCGCCACCCAACGGCGCUGCUGGCCUUUAUGCGCCCCCAGGUCCCGUACGAGGACCUCGGCUCGAACAACACCAACAACCCGGCCGAGCGCGAGUUCUCCGUCGGAGUGACCGUCGACGGCGAGCGGUUCAUUGAUCAGCAAGUGUCCCGCUUGUGCCGCCAGAUGUUCCGCCCACUCCCCGCCCAAUCCCUCAUCCACACCGUGCUGGGCUACCCGAUGGGCUCCAUCACGUUCGACCAGAACGGACCGCGCCACGAGUCGUCCGGCUUCCUGUGGCACAACAACCGGCGCUACUUUGCCAUCUGCGCGAACCGCAAGGAGGUCAAAACGUCGAUCGCCGAGCAGGUCUUUCGCGAUCUGGUGCUGGGCACUAUCCGAACCGUCGCCGAGCUCAACUUCCCGGACGCUCCCGUUCCGAUGGCCGUCGAGCUGGACUCGGAGCUGCUGUUCGGCUCGGAGCUGUUUCCGCUGGCGGCCGUGGUUUCGUUUGCGCUGUACAAACUGGACGAACACUGGAACACGAACCUGCGCGAGGAAAUUGCGCCGCCCAAGUUUGCCCAGCCGUACGUCGGCAGGACGCGCAAGUCGAUCCGGCCGCUGCGAGAUCUGCCGAAGAAUGCCGCCGAGAUGCACCCGUCCAUGUUGAUCGUAUUUAUGUGCCCCAAGUACUCGUGGGAGCUGCUGACCAAACCGGAGGAUAUUGACCUAGGUGACCCGUGGUACCAGUACGUGCUGGACAUCGAGGGCCACCAGUACGAGGGUGAGGGACGGAACAAGAAGGAUGCCCGCUGGUAUGCGGCGGCUGCCGCCUGCAAGGAUCUAUUCAACGUGGAAUAUCACGAGGAUGAUGUCUAUCAAAAUUAGUUUUUUGAACUUUUGACUAGGAUUGAAUUUUGAUUACUGAAUUAAUUUGGUUCCUUUAUUGUUCAUUGCAACAAUAUAGUUUGUUAUCGUUUCAGACUCUAAA